CACUCAAGUGAGUUCGCGUCCCUAUCACACAUAGAGCGGAGAAUGUAUAAAAAUCGUCGGACUCAAUUUUUUCCCGCCAUGGCUGACGAAGUGCACGUAUCUAACCCACGUCAUGAUGCGUCCAAAACGGGCGAGCUUGACCCCCCGGACGGUGCACAAUCCAGCGGCGAGCCCAGCAAGUGGGAAUCGUUCAAGGACAAGGUCGGAGACACCAUCUCUUCGAUGAAACAGAAUGCGCGUGAUGAGCGCGAGCUCGACAGUCACACAGCUGAGCGAAACUCGGACGGAACGAAUUUCCUGACGAGUUCGGCGGACCUGUAGUCUGAUUGAUCAUGCAUCGGCGACAUGAGACAUGGUCUCGGAUAGGUUCGAAUCAUCCAUACGAACACG